AUGGGCCUUGGCGUUAGUCGGGAGGAUUCGGAGGUCGCUACUGUCACUCCCAGAUCUCCAGACAAUUCCGCCAUGGGUUGUUGUUCGUCUGCGACGGCGGUCCAAAAGACCCAUUCGCUGACAGGUCUAGCAGAUUCGUGCUCUUUCGAUUCAGUGCCGCGGCUUUCGGGCACGUCAACCUCAGACACAAAGGCUCUUCGUCCGCAGCUCCCUCCGACGGCGCUGCCGUCGAAGGCCAAUGAAGGCCCCAAUCUUUCCGAGACGUUGGAGACCUGCAACACCGCGCCUCACUUCGAGGCCCCGACGGCUGGCCGGACAGAAGAUCCUGGAAGUCGUUUUCUGCUGCAGGGCGUCCAGCUGGAGCGAUCCCAAUUUCUGCGCCUUCCAGUGGAAGCCCCAUUGCGCGUCCUGCUGGGAGCCGUGGAAAUUCGAGACAGGUGGCUAGAGCCCAAUGUUGAGCUCUGCUGCGAGAUACGCCUCUUCCAGCCUCGGGCGGCCCUGACAUUGGCGCUGUUUCCAGAGUCCUCCUAUGCAGAGUCCAAGCUGACUGCCGCUGUAAAGGGUGAGAUGAAAGGUGGGCAUAGUUCUUUGUGGCUGUUCGGCGAGCAAGUGGCCUUCUCCGGUGAUGCUGUGAGGCAGGAGAGGAAGGCGGACGGGGGACUCCAAGCCCAGGUUCUCCUGAUAGAGAAGUCCUCGGGAGACAAGCUGGCUGCUACGACGCACUUUCGGGUGCCGACGGCCGGUGAGCGUCAGGAGGCUCUCUGGUCCAGAGCGACCUUCAGCACAAGGCGAGUUGGCCACCUGUGUGUGGCCGCUGGAUGGGUCGGCUCGGAGUUGGUUGGAUGGCUGUCGCAAGAGGUCCUUCGAAGGGCCAGCUUUGGCAAGUGGGAGUGGAUUGCGGAGACGCUGGAUGCAAUGGGGCAGAGUGAGGUGUACGACGUGGGCAGCGGUAGCUGUGAUCAAGAGGGCCGUUGCCUCCUCGACUAUGCUGCCAUGACGGUCCUUGCAGAACCCAAGGCGGCCAAGGUCCUCCACAGGCUCCUGGAUGCAGGCAUCCGUCCGAGGGUCGACAAUGAGGGCCUCACGGCACUGCACUACGCGGCCUUUGCCGGGUCGGGCGACGCCGUCACGGCGCUUUUACGAGCAAAGGCAUGUUGCGAUGCCAAAGCCCAUGGAGGAAUCACUCCGCUGAUGCUCGCAGCGCUUGCUGGCAGCCUUGCUUGCGCACGGCUGCUGUGGGAGAGCGGUGCGGACGUGGCGAGCGUCGACGAGCAAGGUCAGACAGCGGCAACCUGGGUGUGCCUGGGUUGUGGCGAGCCUCCCUCGCGAAGUGGUCGCCACCGGCUCCUGAACAAUGGGCCCGAAGAGAUCAAGUCCAUGGGCGGCAUCAGCAGUGGGCUCCACGAGGCGCUCGACAGGCGCCGGCCGCCCGGCAUGGCUGAGCCCUGGGGGGGCCCAGAUCGUCGUGAGCUGCUGGGAGACAUGGUGGAUCGCCUCUGCGCAGCUCCCUCCUUCGAUGGCCCAGCGUCCCCCAGUGGGGCCCAGGCCGCCCAGCAGUGGAUGCCCAUUCUGCGCGAGGCGUCCAAGCCGGGCCCGGUUCGCUGCGGCUGCUUUGCGGAGCUCUAUGCACGAUUGCGCCGAAGCCAAGGUCUCGCAAUCCCGCUAUUGGGAGCAGUUCUCUGCAGCGCCAUUCACCAGGGCCGAUAUUGGGGGGAACAGCUCUGCCGAAUGCUUCUGCGAGAAGCUGUUGACCUGCCGGUCACCGGCAGGCUACCUGAUGGGAGAUCCAUCGUGGAGAAGGCCCUCGAUCUUGGCUGGGACGAUGUUGCGCUGCUGCUCUUUGACCGUGGUGCUUCUCUGGAUAGCGAUUUGGCCGCGCAGGCUCGGGCGCUGCGUGCAGCGGUCGAAGGUGGGCAUCGCGAAUUGGCCAAGCGCCUGAUAGGGCAGUGGGCCGAGGAGCGUGACGCUUGGGCACGGCCAGCUGCGCCGGAGGCGGAAGGAUUGGCAGAAUGUCCAGUGUGCUUCAGAGCACUCUGUGAAGGAGGGCCUGCAGCACUCGUGGAUGCUAGUGGCCGCCGCACGUGCGGACACUUUUUGUGUACAGCCUGCGCAACAGAGCUCUCUCUGCAAUCGACCAGUCCCCGGUGUCCAGUUUGCCGCCAGACCUUCCAGCCGCCACCUCACCGACCUCCGGACCCGCGUGAGGAUCCGGCAGCUUGGUUCGCCUUCUUCGACGAGGAGGGCUCGGGGUACCUGGAACGACAGCUCCUGGAGAAGGUGUUGCCAGCAGUAGUCCCGGUGGAUGCAGCAAAGUUAGAGGCUUCCCUGCGCGGCUCUCUAUGGCGUGAAUGGGACCCGGCCGGGGAGGGCCGGAUCUCGCGAAAGGCCUUCUGUGCGGAACGAGGGCUGCUGCGGUGGCUGGCGGAGCACCUCGUGGAACUCAACGAAGAGCGCGAAAAAGGGCCUCCGCCCCCUUUGGAUCAAGAUCGUGAAGGAUGGUUCCGCCAUUGGGCUACGGCAGGGACCACUGGAAUGGGCAAGGCGGAAGUGCUGCGUGCGGUGCUCAAAUCCUGUGGGACUUCGUCACUGGAAGCCUCCGCAGUGGCUGCCAGUCGCGAGUGGAUUGAGCGAUGCUGGCUGUUGUGGGAUCGAGACAAAAGCGGGCGCAUCUCCUUGAAGGAGUUCUGCGCCGAGGGUGGCUUAGCUGACAUGAUGUUGCAGCAAAGCACCCUUGCGGCGGCGAAGCGCGUGGUACGAAGGAUGGAGUUGGAGGUCCACGACCCUGCAGCUCUGGUCGCGUGUUGCCAGCAGCUGGUGGAAUGUGCUGUGGGCAUUCGCCCGGAGGAUGCUGUGGAGAGUUGGCCGGCCACGGCCUGCCGCCGCCUCCGGGAGCGCGCCUCGCAGCCUGCGCGGGAGGAGUUCGAGGAAGUCUUGUCUCGGGGCGUCCAGCAAGUGGUGCUUGCGAUGCAGCGCAACAACGGCAGUGCCAAGCUUUUCGCAUGGGGUUGCAGGGCGCUGGCUGCUUUAGUGGUCCGUCCGCCAGCGCAGCCAGCAGACUCCCACACAUGGUCGUGGGCUGAUAAUGACUAUGGCAACAGCGUUUGCGGAGGUAGCAACAGCAACUGCAAUGCAAGCCAGCCGACUCUGGAGAAGAUGUUCAUUCUCCUGGACAAUAGCAAAGCGGCCACGGCCAACGAGUCAGGACCGCCGAUGGCCAAUGACGUGCCUUUGUGGCUGUUCGUCAUGCGCCAGUUCCUUCUUCUCGUGCCGAGGGAAGACCCGAAGGAGCCGAACGCCAAAUCCGUCGGUGGUCCCUUGCCUAUCGCCCCAGGAGCCCUCCGCGAAGCCGGAACUUGUGCUCUAGCGACGAUGCGACAUCUUUGCGACCACACAGGAUCUGAAGCUGGCAACGCAGCCCUUGAGGAGCUCUUGGCAGUGCUAAAAAAGGACGAGCGAGGCAGCGCAGCUUUGCUGGCCUGGAUUUCCGCCGCUGUUGCUGCGCUAGCCGCAGAUGGUAGGGCGCUGGCCGAGGUCGCAGUGCAGGCCACCGCCACGGGGACGUCGGCCCCGAACCCCCGUGCCACAGGUAGCACGAGCUUGCUGCCCAGUCUCAGCAGCCUUCUCACGGCCUCGGCACGCGGGCUGAAGGCUGCAGGCCCGGUGCGGCCUCCGAGCAGCCCAGCCUUAGCUGCCCGCGUAGCCACCGGACUCCUUUCCAGUUUGCGUCGGAUACCGGCGACAGCUCGAAACGGGGCGGGCGGUGGCACCACGACACCAGCUGGGGAUGGCAGCACUCGCGGGAGGGUCACCCUCCGGGACGGCCACAUCGCCGUCGGCGACGUUGUCAGGCUUCACAAUGACCUGGAACGUGCCAAGAGGGAGCAGGAGCCUCCUGAGCAUUUUGGCGGCUGGUGCGACAGGAUGGCAUUCUGCUUGGACUUCCCCGGCCGCGUCGUCGAGAUUCCACGGCGCUCGCCUAGAAUGCCGGAGGUCUUGCGCAUCUCCCAUGGGGCCCUUGGAUGUUGGUGCUGGAAUGCCAAAGCAGUCGCAGAGGUGAUAUCAGAUGCAGGGCUGCUUCCCUUUGAAGAAGAUGAGUGCGGCCCUGGUGCAGCUCUGACGAUCGGCGACGAGGUGCGCAUCGACGUCACUGUCGAGGAAGCGAAGCAGCUCCAGGUCAACCACGGUGGCUGGAAUGAUCGCAUGACUCAGUGCUGUGGGCGCGUCGGGCGUCUCGAGGCCAUCGAUAAGGCUGGCGACAUGAAGGUGUUGGUCCCAGGUGCCGGUGCCUUUGUGUGGAACCCUCGAGCGCUCCGGUCCCUCCAUGCACAGAGGUGGGAGUCGGCUCUUUGCGAAAGGCUUUGCGGGUCGAUCGAAGGCACUUUGCCCUUGGCGCUCCUAGCGGCCUUGUCUUGCCUGGGUUGCCGUCUCGAUGCAGAUGGCAUGAAAGCCGCCUAUGCCGAAUUGGCCGCAGACGUGCGACGCCUGGUGAGAUGCUAG